GGAAGUGGAUGACAAGAUGAAAGUUAAAUUAUAUUGUUAAAUAAUGUAUUAACGUGAACAGUUAGUUGAAGUAUCAAAGUUCGUCAAGAUAAUAAGGUCGCUAAAAUAUUUGUGAAUGAACCAGUUUCGGACAUCAUUAGUUGAUAAGCUUAAAAGUGAUCAAGAGAAAAGGUAAAUAAGCAAAUUAGUGUGAGAGUCAAGUGAAAGUGAGAUACGAGGUCUGAGGAAAAGCGCAAUUAAUUAGAGGAAUAAAACAUCUAUCAUUGAGAAUACGAGAUGCAUUGUUAAAUAGCUUUCACAAUGUUUCUCGAUUAAAGGUUCGAGUAGAGGAGUGUUCAUUUGCUUAUCUUUUGCUUUUCAUUACUAUUUCAUCGUUGUCAUUCAAAUAUACUUUGUCUUCAUGAGUACCAAUGAAUACUGAAUAAAGGCGGUCGUCAUCUUUUCCUUCAUAUAUAAAGGUAUCAGUAAUAUCCUGAAUUUCAGAUUGGUUGUGCUUGUGUCACAGGAGACUUCAUUAAAUUAUUUUCUUGAUAUUGUCAACUUUCUCAUUUCAUUAAUAAGUUUGAAAUAGCAAUUAUCUGUUUGUGAUUGUCUUCAUUGUUUGAUAUUCAACGCUAUCCAAGGUGCUUCAAUAUUCAAAAUCGUGCAACUUUAUUGUUUCCAAAAUGCAUUUAUCGAUUGUUGCUUUUGCUUUACUUGUGACCUUGACCUUAACGGAGGCUAGAAAUGAUCUCAAGGCACUCGAAACAGCGUACUCAUCGCGAUACCCAUUACCGCCACCAGAAUAUGAACAAUCACAUGGAUCUUAUGGGAAACAUGAUUCAUCUUAUGGAGCUCAUGGACAUGAUGAUUAUGGAACUCAUGAUAAAUAUGGUGAUCACAAUUCAGGAUCUCAUGGAUUGAAGAAGUACUCUAAAUAUGGUUUGAACAAGGCUGAUGGAGCUCAAAGUGGUGCUUAUGGGCGAAACCAUGGUUUCGGUCUUUACUCAAGGAAUCGCGGUUAUGGUUAUGAGAAACAUUAUGCUUAUGAUAAAGAGUUUUCAACCAAUAAACAUGGAUCAGAUCAUGCAACUCAAUCUGGACACCACGGACAUCAUGAUGAACAUGGUCAACACGACCUUGCUGCCCAUGGAGACUACAAAAACGAUCGAUAUGGAGCUCAUGAUAAAUUCGGUAAGCAUGGACAUGGAAAAUAUGGCCACAAUGCUGGAUCCUAUGGUAAUCAUGGACAAAACUAUAAAAGAUUACCCAAACAACAUGUCUCACCAUACCUCGGAAUGUACAGAGGAGGAUAUAAUGCGCCAUCAAACUAUGAAGCACCCAUUCCAUAUGAAGCAUCUCAUGAACAACCCUAUCGAACCUAUUCCGAUGCACCAAAAUCUGAGCCUCAAUCCUCUAAAUAUUACUAGAUACCAACUAAUUUGAAUAAUAUGGAUGAUGAGUUGACUAAAGAUUUCCUUCAACAUUGGUUGAUCCAUAUUCUUGAUCAAAUCUCGAAUCAAUCUUAUCAUCUCAGCACGUGUAAAAUAUUUUUACAAGCCUAACCAAUUAACCUUAAGAAAUGAAAUCAAGUGACAAAAGGUGACCAACAAUUCAUUAAAAUAUAAAUGCAUCAGACAAAAAAGCUAAACCAUGAAAAAGCAACUCUUUCAUUACCAAAAUCAAGGUAAUAUUUGUAGACCUUUUUUUGGUGAUUUUUUGUACAUCAAGAUCAUUUGAAACAGUUGAGCCAAUAAGCCCUUGUUACUCCGAAAGCUACCAAAAAAGUUUCUCAUCAUUAUUCAUUACUAAUGUUAUUUUCAUCUAAUCAAUUGUAACUCACAAUCUGGUUAUUUUUGUUUUAACCCAAAUCUUGAUUCAUAUCUUCCGUCAACUCAUCGUUCUACAUGCUUUUACUUCUAUUGUUUUUGCUCAAACUGUUUCCUAACCAUAAAUUGUUGACAAACAAAAUGUAA